AUGUUCGGACUCAGAGCUGCCUCCAGGGUCUCCCGCCAGCUGGCCCCUCGACAUACCGCAGCACGGUGCUUCGCGACCGAAGCCAAACUUGCUCCCGAUUUCGUUCGCAUCGUCGAGGUUGGCCCCAGAGAUGGCCUGCAGAACGAGAAGAAGUCCAUCCCGCUCGAGACGAAGCUGGAGUUGAUCUCCAAGCUCGCUGGUACCGGUCUCAAGACCAUCGAGGCCGGCUCGUUUGUCCCCGCCAAAUGGGUGCCCCAGAUGGCAAGCACAGCUGAUAUUUUAUCGCAUCUUAUCAAAGCCCCGCCCUCCGCCCCUCACCCAGUUUCAUAUAAUUACCUGGUCCCCAACGUCAAGGGACUCGAAACCCUCGUGAAAGUUCUUGAAUCCGAAACCGCUUCCCUCCCAGAGCAAGCCCGCCCUACUGAGCUACCAGAAAUAUCACUCUUUGCCGCCGCAACCGAAGGCUUCUCAAAGGCCAACACCAACUGCACAAUAGAAGAGUCCCUCGCGAGAAUAGGCCCAAUCGUCUCGCUAGCAAAGGAAAAGAAUAUCCGUGUACGCGGCUACGUCUCCGUUGCACUUGGAUGUCCAUAUGAGGGUCCAGAUGUAGACCCGCACAAGGUCGCGGAAAUCACUGCGUCGUUAUUGGAGAUGGGCGCCGACGAGGUUUCGGUAGCUGACACGACGGGCAUGGGAACAGCCCCGAGGACCCAGAAACUAUUGCAGACCUUGACAGCUGCCGGAAUAGCUAGCAGCGACCUCGCGUUGCAUUUCCACGACACCUACGGCCAGGCUCUGGUGAACACCAUCGUCGGCCUAGAACAUGGUAUAAGGAUAUUUGAUAGCAGUGUUGGAGGAUUGGGAGGAUGCCCAUACUCCAAAGGUGCCACUGGUAACGUUUCGACGGAAGACCUGAUUCAUACUUUGCAUAGCCUUGGGAUGAAGACCGGCGUGAACCUGGAAGGUGUAUCGAGGAUCGGAGCUUGGAUUAGCUCUGAACUUGGUCGUGCAAACGACAGCAGAGCUGGAAAGGCAACUAUGAGCAGACUGCAGGGAUAG